ACAAAGUGAGCUACUUUUUAUCAGUUAUGUUCGGCACUAAAAAUUCCUGGUUUAAAUCGUAAGCUUGAAAUGGUGGCUGGCUUCCCCAUUGCCAAGCUUGGCGUUUUAGCCGUUAAGCAAAUAAGCAAGCCUAUCACUCGGGCCAUCAAACGUACUGCUCAGAAAAAUCCUUUGUUUAAAAACUAUGUUGCAACGCCACCAGCACAAGCAUUACACUGGUGUGAGGUAAGAUCAAAAAUGUGGAUGUUAGGCUUGCCGCAGCCAAAAAGAGUACCACCCUUGACGGAAGCCAUGAGCAUAGAAAUGGGUAGUAAUAUUGUUGGUGAAAUGGUUGUCUUCUUAAGUGGCGUGAUCUUAAUUUUAACAGAGUUCAUUCGACAGGGUAGAAAAGAUCAUGAAAAGCAUGAGAGGCACAGAAUCAAUAAAGAAAAGUUGAAAAAUGAAAUAUUUACACUCACUGAACGCGUUAAGAGCCAAUCCGAGGAGAUAAACUAUCUGAAGCAAAAGCUACGGGAACUAGAUUGACAGCUGAUAGAUUCCUUUUAUUUAUUUAUAACAUUUUAGUCUGGUAUUUUUCAUUCAGUAAAAUUCAAUAAA